GUAGAGCCGCUUCUGAUCAUCAUCGCCAUGUUUGCGCCGAAGAGGAUGCUGGACAAUUUAAAUGGAUGUAUAUUUGCUCGCGAAAUGUUUCCGCGAAAAUAUUGAAAUGUCAUACAAAGCACGCUUGUAUAUAAGAAAAAUGAAACGUCGUGAAAAAAGUCACGAGGGAGAUUAAUUGUUCCAAAUGGAAACUCAUCGUCCGGGAUACUCGAAGGUUAAUCAAGGGCCAAUUGACUCUUGAUUGAUCUACAUUUGUACUUUGACCUCUCGUCGUGGAGUUGUUGGAUGAGUUUCAGUAUUAUCGUUUCUUAGUCGAUAUUCCGAGUGUUCCGAGUAAACUGUCAUUUUAGCAAUCAUGUCGGACAGCGUUAGCCCUAUUAAAUAUUUUUUGAGCGGUGGAUUCGGCGGAGUAUGCACCGUCGUAGCCGGUCAUCCUCUGGACACCAUAAAGGUACGUCUUCAGACUAUGCCAAUACCGGGCCCUAAUCAGUUGCCUCUCUACUCAGGUACAUGGGAUUGUGCUAAGAAGACUGUUACUAAAGAAGGAGUACGUGGUUUAUACAAGGGUAUGGGAGCACCUUUAUCUGGAGUUGCUCCAAUAUUUGCGAUAAGUUUCUUUGGAUACAGCGUUGGGAAGAAGCUACAACAGAGUUUUCCAGAUGAAAAACUCUCGACGUUGCAACUGUUUUACGCCGGUGCUUUUAGUGGCAUAUUUACGACUGUUAUAAUGGCUCCUGGCGAACGUAUCAAAUGUCUGCUGCAAAUACAACACGGGGACGCGAAACCAAAGUAUAACGGACCAGUGGAUUGUGCAAAGCAACUGUAUCGAGAAGGGGGUAUUAGAAGUAUUUACAAAGGCACCUGUGCUACACUUUUAAGAGAUAUUCCGGCCAGUGGAAUGUACUUUAUGACGUACGAAUAUAUAAAGGAUCUAUUCACUCCUGAGGGAGGGAAGCUUAGUUUACCAGCUACCAUAGUAGCUGGCGGUUUUGCAGGAAUUGCAAACUGGUUGGUAGGGAUGCCACCUGAUAUCUUGAAAAGCCGCUUACAAACUGCACCAGAAGGUACAUACAAGAGAGGGAUACGCGAAGUAUUUGUCAAACUGAUGAAAAACGAGGGACCAUUAGCGCUUUAUAAAGGCGUUGUACCUGUUAUGUUGCGAGCCUUCCCUGCAAACGCAGCUUGUUUCAUGGGCUUUGAAGUUUGCAUGAAAUUUUUGAAUUGGCUCGCGCCAGGUUUAUAAUUUGAAUCGCAUAUUAUGUAACUGAAAUGUUUGGAGAACGUCCUGCCUUUCAUGAUAUCACUGUUUCACAAAUAUCUCAAAAUAAAUCUCAAGAACAGGCUAUAGGUAUAUGUAUAAAGUGUGAAAAGUAUAGGAAAUAUUAAGAUAGCAUAGAAUAGAAAUUAAAUAACAAGCUUUUUAUAAAUCUGAUUUUGACAUAUAGAGAAUUAAAUAUAAAUGAAAGUAUGACAUCAGGGAAUAUAUUUGUACAGUAUAAUCUUGUAUUGCAUAUUAAGUUUUAUGAAAUUUUAAAUAUAUAUAUA